CGAAACAAAAUUCAAGAUCUAACAUUGUGAAACUGAAUUCAGAGACGAAAAGUUUCAAUUCACAUUGCUAUUGCUAUUGCUUAUUUAUCUGAAAGAUUAAGAUACUGGGGCAUUGUAGCUGGCUGGCUCAUUAUGUUUGGAGACUCGACAAGUAAAGGGUCCUAGAUGGAGUUCCAAUGCGAGCUGGAGGAUCCCAUCUCCUGGCGCAAGCUUGAAUCGCAGAAUAUUGUGCACCGACUGUUCAACCGAGAGGUGUAUUCCUGUCCUCCAGGCACUUGUUUUAGCCAAGCUCGGAAGUUUUACACUCAUAUUGUGCCCAACUUUAGUGUUCUGAAUGUGGAAAAGCCUCCUUGUUACCUCAGAAAGUUUUCCCCUGAUGGCAGGUUCUUCAUUGCUGUCUCCUAUGAUCAGACUUCCAUUGAGAUCUAUGACUUCAAAGGAUCUGAGGCCGGUGGUGACUUAAUCAAAAACAUCAAAGGAGAUGUUAUUCCAGGCUCUGAUGAUGCAGAAGAACCGUCCACUCAAGUUCGGAGCAAAAUUUUCUCUCAGUUCCUUCAGAAGAGACAUGUUGUGCGGGUCACAGCUGGGGAAGAAAUUCUGAACAGAGAGUGCAGUCUAUUCACAGACGAUAGUUGUUAUGUCAUUGUGGGCUCCAGUCAUUUGUUACCUGACGAGUCAAGUAGCAGAUUCUAUGAUGUGUACAGGAAUAAUGAGUGCAUUACUCCAAACUACAGACUGGUUCCAGAGGACUACACGCUCAGCAUUGUUGCCCUCAAAACAGGAAUUGUAUGUGAUCGCAGAAGGUUUCGACUAGACAAAAUCUACCUAUCGCACAAUCAGGGAAUUUACCUCUAUGGGAACAUACUGGCGAUGCUGUCUGUACAGCAGCAGGUGAUCCAUGUGUUCCAGAUCUCACCACAUGGCACCUUCAUUGAGAUUCGAACCAUUGGAAGAUUCUGCUAUGAUGAUGAUGAAAUUUUUUAUCGUCAAACAUCGCACCAUCAAGCAAGAACUCUUAACAGGCCGUACACUGAUAAAUCCAUCAACUCUCUCAAGCAUCGAUUGCUGGUGUACCUGUUUAAAGCUGCAAAAAAUGGUCACAUUGAUCAGGGGAUCCGUUCUUUCUACUGGGCUAUGGACGAUUUGCUGAAUUUACGUAUGGGAAAACUGCAACUUCUUGAUGAGGAGCAUCUUCUGAUCAAGUAUGCAAGCGAGGAAGUUGUUACAUAUCGCAAUGGUGACCCUACAAAUAUGCCAUCGCUGUUUGUUGUUUACAACAUGAAUACCACAGAGAUCUUGGGCGUCUAUGAACACACGUCACCUGAACUUCUGAAACUGAUGGAGAGCUUCCAGGACCAUUUCCGCAAUUCAUGGCUUCAUCUGCAGCCUCAAUUCCCGUCUUCUCCGUCCUCCUCUAUUCAUGCUCGCCGCAUCCAGCAAAUGUUCAAGUGGACUCUGAUCGUCGCUAAGAAUGGCGGUCAGAGAGAGGCCAUCUCUCGAAUGUUGACUCAGUUGCCGAUCAGUGCGCAGUCGUACAGCUGUUCCCCGUACCUGGACCACGCCCUUUUCAGCUACGAUGACAAGUGGGUGUCACAGCUUGAGAGACCAAAGACCUGCGGGGACCAUCCGAUAAGGUUUUUCACCCGUGAUUCAGGAAUGCUGAGAUUUAAAGUCAACACCGGUGCUUCUGAAAGACAAAUUUCCACCAAUAACCGGAGACUUGUUGCUUUUAUAUUUCAUCCUUUUGAGCCUUUCAUCAUUAGUGUGCAAAGAACUGCUGCAGAAUACAGAGUGAACUUCCACAUUAGAAAAUGCCCAUCUUGACCAUAGCUUGGUUUUAGGACGUGAAUGUGAGAUGGACAUGAUGAGGAAACAGGGUGUGCAGAGAAUUAUGACCAUUUCUUCAAGUAAUUACUUCAUUUUAGUUUUCCUUGUGUAGUACCAGUCAGGCUUUUCAACUGUACAGUUUCUGGUGGAACUCAUUCUGGCUCUGAAUGUUUGUUUAGAACCUUUCAUUGGCUUUGUAUGCUUAAAUUGUCAAAGUUUUCUGCAGCUGGUAAUGUUUUUUUCCCCCUGUAAGUUUGAGAUGAGUGGGAAGAUAGCAUAGGAAUGUUUCUGUGGUCUUGAAGGGGAACGGGGAAUAGAAUUUAGCAGCUUAAGAGGCAUAUGUGCUACCCACUGCCAUUCUUAACGAUUUAGCAAUGUUGCCAGACAGGAGAAAACUGAAUUUUUAGAUCUGAGACUUAAAAUCUUUUUUUUUAAACAAAUUUUUCUCUUUAUAGAUUUGUUUUUCAUUGCACAGUUGAACCUGCCAUAUCAGAAACCUGUCAUGACGGAAUCUCCUUGCACUCCCAUUGUUAAAUUCCACAAAAAUACAUCUGUCUAUGACAAAGAUGGAAACCUUCACACCCGAAAAUGGACAGAAAUUCCUUACUUUUGGUGGGUUUUGACCAAUUGAAGAUGGAAAAUGCUUUACUCGCUAAACUGUUAUUUGAAACAAAACUCCCGAGUUUGGUUCUACUAGUUCUAAUCUUUAUGACAGGCCGCCAAGUGAAGGAGGAAGGAAGGGGUGCUGUUUUGGGGGAACUUACCCAACCAUGUGUGGAGUGGGUGUGAAAUCUUACCACUGCUUGCCUGCAAAGUGAUCAAAUGGUCCACCAGCACAUAAUCUUUCCUGUGAAGUCGGCAUUGUGAAAUUUGACCACUGCCUGCCGCUAAUGUAUGUCAGCCGAGAAAAAAGUUCUACGAAUUGUUGUUAGAUGCAAGGGAGAGGUAGUCUUGGUUGGAUGUGCUUAUUAAAUGGAUAAGUGCGGCAAAUGAUAGAAAAAAAUGCCACUAUUGGAGCAGCUUAGAUAGGGCUUGGGAGGUAUGAAGCUUUGUCCAGGGCUUGCUGACCAAAAUGAUUCCUACUACAUAUUGCUGGCCUUCUUGGCCCUCUCCCCUUAAAUGUCAUUGUCCAAGACAGAAAAUUUCUAAGACGGAUUUUUGUUCUGGCUUGCUUGUGUUUCUGACUUGGACACAUUUGAGUGUAUUUCAUUCUGAAGAUCUAUGUCAACAUUUCUGUAAAGGAAAGAAAUGUAGAGAUAAUUUUUUUCAUUUGUGUCUUGAUGAUCAGUGGUAUUACUGGCUAUGGCAGUUGCAGUAAACAGAGUGCAGGGAUGCCAGUCUCCAGUGUCUGCUUUGAUCUUCAUUGUGAUUUAGCGUAUUUAUCAAUAAUGUUGCAUAUUGUGUAAUGUUGUCAACCAAAUCAAAUUUUCUCAGGAAUUUGUGAGCAUGAAACUUUAUGAACAAAGUAAGGAGGUCCAAGAAAUGGAUAGCAUGGGGACGCUUGUGCUAAAGUAGUCCUUUACUCCGUGAUUGUUUUGGCGGGUCUGAGACAACAUUCCUGGGACAGACAAUGAGUUUAUUGGCUUGUCAAAAGAAAUCUUGUGUGUAAAGAAGGGUGAUAAGUUCAAGCUUUCUGAAUAAGUCAGUCACUCAGUGAUUUAAGGGACUUAUAGCCUUUUUUAUAUUUUAUUGUUGAAUUGGACUCAGAUAUAUAAUUUAUAAUGAAGUUGAGACUUCCAUUAUAAUCUAAGAUUUGAACCCUGGAGAUAUUCGUUUCAGCUUUGAAAAGUUCUAGUUUUGUUUUUGUAGACUUGUUUAAGGUGCACAAACCAAAAUCAUAAUAUUAACUACCAUGUCAAAAGAGCCAUUUCAGAACUAUAUUGUCUUACUGUAUUCUUGUUUUAUCGUUUCAGGGCAUUUUGUACAUAAAAGUGUGCUUGUGUAUGAUGUCUACUCGUGAAGUUUUAAAUGAUUCUGUCCGAGAAAAUAAGUCUUCUUCAGAUCAGUUCAUUGCCGUGUAUAUAAAUGUCUGUUGCUAUUUUUGCUUCACUGAUGAAGCACUAUUGAUUUUUGAUAAAGUAGGAAUAGUAAGUAGGCCAACAUUAUAUUUUCAAUUUCACUUCUGAGAUGAAGAGGAAACUGGAAAGUCUUGAAAUAAAUGGAAGAAGAUUAAAAGUAGAUUGCCAAAGGAAUUUGCUUCUAUUUUUUUUGGUACUGUGAGUUGGACAGUUGGGUUGAGUGCUUCUAUUAAUGCAUCAUUUGGAAACAGUAUAAAAUGACCUGUUGCUUGUUUUACCAUGGGAAAAUGAAAAGCAGAAAUAGUGUUUGCUGCUAAUUGUGUUGGGGAAGCCGAAAGUUUGCAUUUGACUGUCUUGAUGUCAUUUGACUUUGAAGUCCUUUCGUGGACUGUGCCUUUUCAAUUUUCUUUUAAUGAUGGGCAGGGUUGUGGUAAUGAUAUGACUUCAGACUCCACUUCAAUGCAUCAUAUCUAUGCUCUUUGAGCUCUUUGUUGUGUUUUGGUGUUGGGAUAUUUUUGUUAAAAGAGAACAUAGCUACCCAAGGAGUGAGAGGGGCUUUUUCCUUACUUAACUAACUGAACAGUGGUGGGAGAUUUGUGAGUGAGUGGAAGACUCAGCUGUAACUGGGGAUUUGGUUUUGGUUGGACUUGGCUAGGUGAUGAGGCUUUUUGUGAGACUGGCCUAGCUACUCAAAUAAACUCAAAUAAAGUCAGGAAUCAACCACGUUCACACUUGUGACUAUGAGGUGUUAGUGACAAAAUCGUGUACUGUGGAUCGUACUCAGGUGUUGGCUACCAACAAGUAAAUGUUUCUGUGUCCCGGUGUGGAUCGUUACUUCAUUUUAAAAAAAUCUGAAACUGCUACCAUCUCUGUUUUUUUCCUUAUGGUUGUGUUUAUGGUAUCUCAAGACAACUUGUAUUCAUCUGAAGACCACUACAAGGCAUUAGACAGAAGGGCGAGAGCCCAGCUGUCGCCAGAUUGAUAACCAACAACAAUGGGCAAAGGUUGAGAAAAAAAUAUUUUGAAAGUUGUGUGAAAACUCUUUUAAAGUUUUCGACUUUGUGGUGAAUAUGUCUGUGCUGACCUCUUGUCAUUUUAAAAUCAUCUUAGGCUGUGUUGAUGGCAUUGCUUUGUGACAAAUAUCCUCUCUUUUGUUUUGUGAGAGUCUCUGGAGAAUAUGUCGUAUGUGUCUUGACCUUGACUGCAUUAUAUUUUUAACUACAGUGAACUAUGCUUAAACCAAACAUGGUGUAUCUGAAAACAGUGUUAAGAAAAAUAAGUCCCCUGAUUUUUUCCCCUUCUAUUUGAGCAACCUCUCUAUAUCGAAAGCUCAUUUAAACUGAAGAAAAUCAAGUGGUCCCAUUGUUUUCGGUGAAUGCGGACUGUACUCAUAGACUUAUGCUGUUCCCAUCAGAUGCAAAUAACAUACCGGCUUGGAGUGCAUUUUGAGUUUCAGUCCUCAUUUUUCACCUUCUUCAACUUGAUGUUGCUACUUUGAGCGACAGAGCCAAGGAAAAAAUAUUUCCCUGUACAUGUAAUAGUAUUGGGCAGAGGAGCUUACUUAAACUUAAACUCUCUGAUUGAAACAGAUGUGUUUCAGUUAGGGGGUUUGAACCCAGAUUGGAUGCAUUGUUUUCUAGGCUUUUAGGAAUUCAGCUUGCAAUGCAUCCUUUUUAUGCUCUUUGUAGCAUGCAAUAGAAUACAUUCGCAGUGUGUAUAUUUGUAUAUGUAUGUAUACACUAGUGUGUAUUUGAGUGUAUGUUUGUGUGAAUGAAUGAACUAAAAAAA